AUGCAACUCGUGGGUUCUGAACAAAAGACUGCUUCUGCUUUCAUCGACUGCAGGACGUGGAUUCAAAUCAAAGACGAUCGGAUCGAUAUCGGACCAUGUUCGGUAGUAAAGGAUGAGUGUUCAUCCUCUCGGCAUUUGUUAGGCAAAAUGUGGGGUGUGAUUCGCGUCCUACAGCAGCAUCUGCAUGAUUGUAGCUGGCGCAUUGGUGAAAACGAUAUGCGGAUACUCAGGGGUACGAUUCGGCUCACGGAGUUGUGGGAUUCCGUACGCUUCAGAAGGCAACGGUCGAAGUCUAGAGCUGAUGAAGCUCGAUGCGAAGUGUCCAGGUUGGUGGCGACGGCAAUAUUCGCGGCUGAUGCUGAAUAG